CGCACACUCCCUCCCUCUCUCUCUCUCUCUCUUUUUAAUAUUCGUGUGAAAAUGGAGAAAGAAAGGAAGGAAGAAGAGAGGAAGAAGAAGGAGGAGGAGGAGGAGGUGGAGGAGGAAGACUGUGUAUGGAAGAAGUUCAGCCAUGAGGAACUUGAGAGGCAGUAUUCCCCAUCGCGGUGGUCGAGGAGGCUUGGGGAAGACGUGAUCAUUGAGAGGCAUGUCGAGGAAGCGAGGGGAAGAAGUGGGGAAGCGAUGGGGAGGGUGGGGAGGCGGGGGGAUUUGGUCUACGAUUCUUCCUUGCCCCGGGGGAAGCUGGAUGUCUAUGGGGAAGAUUUGGAUGGAGCUUCCCCAGUGCUAGUCUACGUCCACGGGGGCUAUUGGCAAGAGUUAAACAAGGACCUCUCAGCCUACCUGGUACCUCCCCUCUAUCAAGCUAGCAUUGUUGUGGUCAUCAUUGGCUACGAUCUGGCCCCGUUGGUGGGCGUGAAGGACAUCGUUCAGGAGGUGAGGAAGGGCGUGGCGUGGGCGUGCGAGCUUGCUAAGGGGCGUGGCAGUGUGGGCGUCGUGUUGUCGGGCUGGUCGGCGGGCGGGCAGCUUGUAACACAGGUUCUGUCAGAGGAAGAGGAGAGGUCAGGUGAAGAGGUCAACCCAUACCGUGACCUUAUACGCGGGGUGGUCACUUUCAGCGGUAUAUUUGACCUUCGACCUCUCGUGACUACUUAUGUUAACGAUGCACUUAAACUAACAAGCAGUGAGGAGGCAUGGGCACUCUCCCCUCUUAGAAGUGUGGGGAAGCUGGCGAAGAGGUGGGGAGGAGUUGGAAGAGGAGGAGGAGGAGGAGGAGGAGGAGGAGGACUUCAAAUAUUCGUAAUAGUUGCCGAAGAAGAUUCACCUGAGUUUAUAAGACAAUCAAAGGAGUACUAUCAGGCCUGUCUUGGGGAGGGGUUACGUGGGGAAUUUCUAGUGGUGGGGAAGACCGACCAUUUCUCCAUCGUGUGUGACCUCUUCCUCCCCACCCACCUCCCCACCGAACGCCUCCCCAAGUUCAUAUACUCUUGCUGUGGGGAUUAAAGAGGAGGAGGAGGAGGAGGAGGAGGAAGAGGGGAUAGUUUGAAGACCCCCACCUCCUCUUUCCUUCUCUCCUUCUCUUCCCUCCUCCUCCUUCAUCUUCUUCCUCCUCCUCCUCUUUUUCUUCCCCUCAGCUCACCCAACCUUACCUCCUCCUCUUCUUCUUCUUCUUCUUCCUCCUCCUUCUUCUUCUUCUUCUUCUAUAUCCUCCCCACCCCAUCCUCCUCCUCCUCCUCCUUUUCUUCCCCUCAGCUCCUCCAACCUUACCUCCUCCUCCUCCUUCUUCUCCUCUCUCUUUUUCCAUAUCCUCCCCACCCCAUCCUCCUCCUCCUCCUCUUUUUCUUCCCCUCAGCUUCCCCAACCUUACCUCCUCUUCUUCCUCCUCCUUCUUCUUCUUCUUCUUCUUCUAUAUCCUCCCCACCCCAUCCUCCUCCUCCUUU